AUGGCUAGCAAAUCACCAGUUCUAAGCAUUGAAGACAAACAAACUAUAAAUAUAUGCCAUGGUGAAAAUAAAGAAAGUGUAACACUGAUUUGGUUUGAUCCAAAUAUUGGACCACGUAAAGAUACUGAACAAACUAAACAACAGCUUCGUCUUAUUAAUGAUUAUGUCAUUUUUUCUAAUGACCUUGAACAAUGUAUUGCAUUGAUUGAAUCAAUUGAUAAAGAAAAAAUCUUUUUAAUAACAUCAGGAUCAAAAGCAUCACAAAUUUUACCUCGAACCUCUUAUUUUCAUCAAAUUGAUUCAAUUUUUAUUUUUUGUAUGAACAAAUAUCGAUAUGAAUAUUUAUUAAAUAAAUAUUCAAAAAUUAUUGGAAUUUAUAUUAGUCUUAAUGAUUUAUGUAAAUCAAUAAAAGAACAAAUCGAUUGCGUUAGUAGACAAAUACAAACAUUUUCUUUUUUUGAUCAACAUCAAAAAUCAACUAAAGAUUUAUCUAAAGAAUCAGCAGAAUUUCUUUGGUUUCAAUUAUUUCAUUAUAUUAUUACUCGUCUUCCACGAAAUCAACAAGCUAAACAACAAAUGAUUCAAAUAUGUAAAGAAUACUAUCGUGGAAAUACAAAAGAAAUGAAAUUAAUUCAUGAAUUUGAACAAAAUUAUCGAUCAGAAGAUGCUAUUUGUUGGUAUUCAAAACAAUCAUUUCUUUAUAAAUUAAUUAAUAAAGCUUUAAGAACUGAAGAUAUUGAUUUAUUAUAUAAAUUUCGAUUUUUUAUUGGAGAUCUUUCUGAAAAUCUUCAACGUCUACAUGAAAAAAUUCUAUUAUCAGAAGAAAAACUUUUAAAUGUUUAUCGAGGUGUUAAACUUGAUAAAGAAGAAUUUAUUAAAUUAAAAGAAAAUCAAGGAAAUCUUAUUUCAAUAAAUGGAUAUUUAUCAACUAGUCGACGAAAAUCAUUAGCAUUAAAUUUUGCAAUGAAACCAACAAAGAGAAUUGAUGUUUUUCCUGUUCUUUUUCAUAUUCAUUGUGAUAUAAAACAUAUUGAUAAAAAUAUUAUUUUUGCUGAUAUUCAUCAAUUUAGUCAAUAUCCAGAUGAACAAGAAGUUUUAUUUGAUUUAAAUGCUUGUUUUCAAAUUGAAUCCAUUGAAGAACAUGAAUCAUUACAAAUAAUUAAACUGAAUCUUUCAAAUGAAGGACAACAAAUUACUAAAGAUUAUAUUAAAUUAACAGAACAAGAAACAGAAGAAUUAAGUGUUUCAAUUGUUUUUGGAAGAUUAUUGUGUAAUUUAGGUGAAUAUGAUAAAUCACAAAAAUAUUUUCAACAAUUAUUAAAUGAUUCAAAUAAUGAAGAUCACGCUUGGAUUGAAUUUAAUAUUGGUCGAGCUCUUGCUUUUAAAGGUGAAUGGCAUGAAGCUCGAAAAUAUUAUGAUCGUGCAUAUAACCGAAUGAUGACAAGUAAACCAGCACGAAUCAAAGAUUCUGCUCAUGUUCUUAACAAUAUUGGUGUUAUUCUCGAUAAACAAGGAAAGUACAAUGAAGCUCUUGAUUAUUAUCAACGAGCAUUGAAAAUUCGAGAAAAAUUUUAUCCAGUUGGCCAUCUUGAUAUUGCUACAAGUCUCAACAAUAUUGGUCUUGUUCUCUCUGAUCAAAUAAGAUACGAUGAAGCACUCGAUUAUCAUCAACGAGCAUUGAAAAUUCGAGAAAAAUUUUAUCCAGUUGACCAUGUUGAUAUUGCUACAAGCCUAAACAACAUUGGUAAUAUUCUUUGUAAUCAAGGAAAGUACGAUGAAGCUCUCAAAUAUUACCAGAGGGCAUUGAACAUUGAUCAGAAGUUUCAUCCAUCUGGUCAUGCCGAUAUUGCUUAUAGCCUCAACAACAUUGGUCUUGUUCUCUCUUGUCAAGGAAAGUACGAUGAAGCUCUAAAGUAUCAUCAACAAGCAUUAAAAAUUCGAGAGAAAUUUUAUCCAUCUGUUCAUGUUGAUAUUGCUACAAGUCUCAACAACAUCGGUGUUAUUCUCUAUAAUCAAGGAAACUAUGAUGAAGCACUCAAUUAUCAUCAACGAGCAUUGAAAAUUCGAGAAAAAUAUUAUCCUUCUGGUCAUGUUGAUAUUGCUACAAGUUUGAACAACAUAGGUCUUAUUGUCUACUAUCAAGGAAAAUACAAUGAAGCUCUCGAUUAUCACCAACGAGCGUUGAAAAUUCAAGAGAAAUUCUAUCCAUCUGAUCAUCUCGAUAUGGCUACAAGUCUCCAUAACAUUGGUAGAAUUCUCAAUCGACAAGGAAAGUAUGAUGAAGCUCUCGACUAUUACCAACGAGCAUUGAAAAUUCGGGAGAAAUUCUAUCCAUCUGGUCACAUUGAUAUUGCUACAAGUCUCCAUAACAUAGGUAAAAUUCUCAAUCGACAAGAAAAGUACGAUAAAGCUCUCGAUUAUUAUCAACGAGCAUUGAAAAUGCGAAAAAAAUGUUAUCCCUCUGGUCAUGUCAAUAUUGCUGACAGUUUGAAUAAUAUUGGCAUUUGUUAUGAAAAUAAGAACAAACAAAAGAUGGCACUUGACUAUUAUCAACAUGCAUUAGCUAUAUAUGAGAAGUUUCUUCUUGCUGAACAUCCACGUCGACAGAGAACCGAGAAUAUUAUUCGUCGACUUAGUAAAAAAUAA